CAACCGUCACCUGGACCAAAGGCCUCUGUCUUCUGGCGCACAGGACAUCCGGGCAGGAGGGCCGGGCAGGAGCCACGGGGAGAGCGCCCCGGGACGGCGCCAUGUGGGCCCGCUGGUGGUUCUGGCCCCUGCUGGCCGUGUGCGCUGCGGACCAGUUCCGGGACGCGGCUGUGAGAAUCAUGCAGGGCACGCCUGUGGUGGACGGGCACAACGACCUGCCCUGGCAGCUGCUGAAACUGUUCAACAAUCAGCUUCAGGACCCGAUGGCCAACCUGACCAGCCUGAGCCACACACACACCAACAUCCCCAAGCUGAGGGCUGGCUUCGUGGGGGCCCAGUUCUGGUCUGCGUACACGCCCUGCGACACCCAGAACAAGGAUGCCGUGAAGAGGACGCUGGAGCAGAUCGAUGUCGUCCACCGCAUGUGCCAGUUGUACCCCGAGACCUUCCUGUGUGUCACCGACAGCACAGGCAUCCAGCAGGCCUUCCGGGAGGGGAAGGUGGCCAGCCUGGUUGGCGUGGAGGGCGGCCACUCCAUUGACAGCAGCCUGGGCGUCCUGCGGGCGCUCUACCACCUGGGCAUGCGCUACCUGACCCUCACGCACAGCUGCAACACACCCUGGGCCGACAACUGGCUGGUGGACACGGGGGAAGACAAGGCCCAGAGCCAUGGCCUGUCACCCUUUGGGCAGAGCGUGGUGAAGGAGAUGAACCGGCUGGGCGUCAUCAUCGACUUGGCCCACGUGUCCGUGGCCACCAUGAAGGCCGCUCUGAGCCUGUCCAAGGCCCCCGUGGUCUUCAGCCACUCCUCGGCCUACAGCGUGUGCCCGCACCGGCGCAACGUGCCGGACGACGUGCUGGAGCUGGUGAAGCAGACGGGCAGCCUGGUGAUGGUGAAUUUCUACAAUGACUACGUUUCCUGCAGAGCGAAGGCCAACUUGUCCCAAGUGGCAGACCACCUGGACCACAUCAAGAAGGUGGCGGGAGCCGGAGCUGUGGGCUUUGGUGGGGACUAUGACGGGGUGUCCAGGCUCCCCUCAGGGCUUGAGGAUGUGUCCAAGUACCCGGACCUGAUUGCCGAGCUGCUCAGGAGGCGCUGGACGGAGGCAGAGGUCAAGGGCGCCCUGGCUGACAACCUGCUGAGGGUCUUCCAGGCCGUGGAGCAGGCGAGCAAUCACAUGCAGGCCCCUGGCGAGGAGCCCAUCCCGCUGGGCCAGCUGGAGGCUUCCUGCAGGACCAGCUACGGCUACGCAGGGGCCCCCGGCCUCCACCUCCAACCGGGGGCCCUCCUGGCUGCCCUCGUGGGCCUCCUCUUCAGCCUGUGUCUCCUCUGAUGCCCUGGGGGCCUCCCGGGGCACUCAGACUGGCCUGACCUGGGCAGGCCCCUGGGCUUCCCUGCGCACCACGAAACACAGGCACAGCUGGACCCUCAAUAAAGGCACCAACGCUUCGAGUC